AUGAGACUCCAACGCGAGGCCGUUUUCGGUCUGAUGUUCGCUUGCGGUAUGUGGAUGUGGCCGAGCGAAGUGGCAGGUGGAGGGUGGAGUAUUGUGGAUGCCUUACGAAAAAGGUACGACACGAGUCGAGGAGGCGACGCAAACGGUGUCGAUACUUCAGGCGUUGAAGAUGUGAUUCAAUCUGAGAGUGCCAUCGGAGCCGCAGAGGGGUGCACCAACCAGCUGGACAUUUGCUUUCUUAUCGAUUCGUCUGGAAGCAUAGGAAUACAGAAUUUCCGUCUAGUAAAACAGUUCCUCCACACCUUUUUAAUGGUGUUGCCCAUUGGCCCAGAAGAAGUUAACAAUGCAGUUGUUACUUACUCGACGGACGUUCACCUGCAAUGGGAUCUACAGAGUCCGAACGCGGUUGACAAGCAGCUCGCGGCGCAUGCGGUGCUAGACAUGCCGUAUAAAAAGGGCAGUACCAACACCAGUGAUGGACUGAAGGCCUGCAAACAAAUUCUGUUUACAGGUUCGCGCCCAGGACGCGAACAUGUGCCGAAGCUAGUGAUUGGAAUGACAGAUGGCGAAUCGGAUUCUGAUUUUCGCACCGUGAGAGCGGCAAAGGAGAUUCGUGAGCUUGGAGGCAUCGUCACAGUCCUUGCAGUCGGUCAUUACGUCAAACAUAGUGAGUGCCGAAGCAUGUGUGGGUGCAGUGGUACGAGCGAUGAUGACAGUCCGUGUCCCCUGUAUCUUCGGGCUGACUGGGGGCAGCUCGCGACGGCGAUUAAACCGAUGCUUAAAGAGGUUUGUAAGACACUCCCCCAGGAUGCCAUUUGCUCGGAUUGGUCCGCAUGGAGCCCCUGCAGUGUAUCCUGCGGUGACGGAAGCCAAAUCAGGACGCGAACUGAGGUUUCUGCUCCGCAACCUGGAACACCAACAUGUCCGGACUGCCCUGCGCCCAUGGGAAGGACUUGCGUGGAACAAGGCGGACUUGAAGAAAUUCGUGAAUGCAGUGCGGGGGUAUGUGCUGUUGACGCUGGAUGUGGCGUCUGGGGAGAGUGGUCCGCCUGGAGCGCGUCUUGCGGAAAUGCCACAAGGAAGCGAGAGCGAACGCGUUACAAUGACCCACCACCCCAGGGGGCAGGCCGUCGGUGUGAAAAUCAGGAUCCGCCGGUGUUACAGGAGCAGACAGAAGAAGCAACUCUUGCUCCUUGCAUAACUAUACCGCCAACUCCCCCAGAAUGGGCUGCAUGGAGCGACUGCACUGUCACGUGUGGCGGUGGCAAUCGGCAUCGAGUGAGAAACGCACUGCCACCAGGACUGGGGUCGCAGAACGGAGAAAGUGACGAAUCGCUCGUGUCCAAACUGUGGCCUGGGACAGAUCUACGACAGGAGGAAGCAUGUAAUACCUCACCGUGUCCAAUUAAUGCAACUUGCGGUCAGUUUGAAGAAUGGAGUACAUGCUCGGUCUCAUGUGGUGGUGGACUGAAAACGAGGUCGAGGAACCCUUGGAAUGAAGACCAACAACAUGGAGGACUAUCCUGCGAGCAGCAGCAUCCUGGUGGGCGGACGGAAACGAUAACUUGCAAUCCUCAAGCGUGUCCUGUGGAUGAACGACCGGGGGAGUGGGCAGAGUGGGGGGAAUGUAGUGUCACGUGCGGCGACGGAGUGCGAGAGCGCAGGCGCGGGAAAAGUCUAGUUGAGGCUAAAUUCGGCGGACGCACCAUUGAUCAGCAGAAUGAGGCUCUUCCGGAAGACUUAAAAAUCAAAAACGUCGAGUAUGAGCCGUGUUCGUAUCCUGCUUGUGGAGCUUCCUGCACGUACGUCUGGAGUGACUGGAACAAGUGCGUGUGCCCGAUGGGCUACCAGGCUAGACAUGCAGCAGUCAAGUUCGAUUAUCGUAACAAGCCUUGCGACCUCCCAACGUUUGAAACGAAAGCAUGCAGCUGCGGCGAGACAAAUCCGGUGCCUUCGGAGGGAACGACUCCUGGUGCGCCUGGCGCCACCGGUCCGGAACAGCCAAACCAGCGCCCACUUCCUGAAGGUUCUGAUGAAAACGAGACGCCGACGAACGAAGAGGGAGAACAGUCCAAGAAAGAGUCAGGCAGUGGCAUAGCUGGGGCUAUUGCGGGUGGCGUCAUCGGCGGUCUGAUACUGCUUGGCGCAGCUGGAGGAGCCAGUUACCACUACUAUUUGAGCUCCAGUGUCGGAUCCCCAUCCGCGGAGAUAGAGUACGAAGCGGACGAUGGGGCGACCAAAGUGGUCAUGGAAGAGGAGAAGGAAACGCUGGUGCCCGUGGAUGACGAUAGUGAUAUGUGGAUGGAGUAG